AUGGUCGGCCAGCUCGUUUGGUUUAUCACCGGCGCCUCGAAGGGACUCGGUCUGGCACUUGCUCGUCAGGCUCUCCUCCGUGGUGAUCUUGUCGUUGCCACCGCCCGUGACACAUCACGAAUCGAAACGGAGCUAUUCUCGGACACGAGGAUCGAGCGCUCUCAUGCGUUUACCUUGAACCUUGACAUCUCCUGGCCGUUUCACAGACUUGCACAGAUAACUGCCGAUGCUGUCCAGCACUGGGGACGUAUCGAUGUUCUGGUGAACAAUGCAUCACUAUGGGUAGGGGCGGGCGCGAGCGAAGAGGUGGGAGCGGAUUUCUUCCAGCGAUCCAUCACGACGAACUUGAUUGGCACCAUCAACGUUACCAACGCUGUUUUGCCCUAUAUGCGAACUGCGCGCAUCGGCACGAUCGCGAUUUUUGGUAGUCGUUCAGUAUACAUGAAUGGUAUCUCUGGCGUGGCGCCAUACACUUCGACCAAAGCCGCCUUACACGCGUAUGGCGAAUCGCUGUCCACGGAGCUCAAGCCGUUUGCCAUCAAAGUGGUCGUCGUUCUCCCAGGCAACUUCAACACCAACCCAGGUGGCGGACUCGCCUCGACGACCGGCCCUCCUAUCUCGGACUACGAUGACUUCCGGAAGAACUUGCACUCCAUGAUGGAGAAACGAAACGAAAUCCCGAACAAGGGUGACCCUGUAAAGGGUAUGGAUGCGCUCGUGGACGUGGUACGAGGCGAAGGAAAGGCGGCAUCGAAAGAGAGUUGGCCAUUGUGGCUCUUUCUGGGAGAUGAUGGCAUUCAGAACGUACGGGAGCGGCUGAAGGUGAUGGGAGACACAGUAGAUAGAUGGGAGUCUGUGGGCGCUCAUCUUGAGGAACGGGACUCCGCGUGA